GACACAAUUUCUGGCCAAGCAGUUGCACGGUGGACAAUUGGACGUAAUGCAUCUCGGCAAAUUAAUGCGCCUGAUUUGUUUUUAGAAACGGAGUUUAUGACCGGUGGAGAGCGUACAAAGCCGCAGUAGGCUACCACUCGCUGUCAGGGAUACUGGUUGUUGUUGAUGUCAUCGGUUGUCGUGUUCGAACCGGAGCGACCGUCAAUUUAUAGUCAGGAUUACUAGAAUAACAAAAUAAAGCCUACAAUAAAAGUAGCUAGGUUUUUUGGGGGGGCGCACAGUGAGUAUGGGAAUUCUAACGCACUGUGUUUUACUUUUUAUAUUCCAGCAUUUGACGUCAGCUUAUGAUUUUAAAGAAGGACUAGAUAACAACGGACGGUAUGAAUUUGUGAAAGAUCCUAGUUUGAAUAUCGAAAAGAGAUCUGCUUAUGUAGAAUUAGACCAGUUUGACUCUGAAUCACCCGACCACAUUCGGAGCAGGAGAAGCGCUGAUCAAGGGGACUGUAAAAGUCUCCAGGGAUUCGACACCAAGUUGACUAACAACACCCACACCUUUUCCUUCAAUGACCUGAGUGGGUCCGUGUCACUGGCCUGGGUUGGAGACUCCACCGGGGUCAUCCUGGCUUUGACAACAUUCCAGGUUCCAUUCUUCAUGUUGAGAUUCGCCCAGUCCAAACUCUAUCGAAGUGAGAACUAUGGGAAGUCGUUCCAGGAUGUCACAAACCUCAUCAACAACACUUUCAUCAGAACAGAGUUCGGCAUCGCCAUCGGACCAGAGAACUCUGGGAAGGUGAUCCUGACAGGUGAUGUGUCUGGCAGCCUGGGAUCUCGUAUCUUUAUCUCCAAAGACUUUGGGAACAGCUUUGAACACCAGGACCUUCCCUUCAACCCUUUGAUGCAGAUCACAUACAACCCCAGAGAUGCCAACGUACUCCUGGUUAUCAGCAACACUAACGAGCUCUGGCUGUCAGAGGACUUUGGAGAGAACUGGAGGAAGAUCCACGACAUGGUGUGUCUGUUCAAAUGGGGGAUGGACAGUAACAUAUUCUUCACCACCAGCCUCAAUGGAUCCUGCAAUGACAGGGGGAUGCUGGACUUGAGGAGGACUACGGACUAUGGGAAGACCAUCAAGACUGUUGCCACUAAGAUCUUCUCUUUCGGCCUAGGGGGAAAGUUUCUGUUUGCCUCUGUUAUGACUGGAACUGGUACUCUGAGGGUGAUCCAUGUGUCGACUAACCAGGGGGAGGAGUGGAACAUGGCUCAGCUGCCUCCGGUUGGCCACGAGGAGUUCUAUUCCAUCCUGGCAGCCAAUGAGGACAUGGUGUUCAUGCACGUGGACGAACCAGGAGACACAGGCUAUGGCAGCAUCUAUGUGUCAGACGACAGGGGUACAGUGUACUCUAAGUCUCUGGAGCGUCACCUCUACACCACCACAGGGGGAGACACUGACUUCACCAACGUUACCUCUCUACGAGGGGUCUUCAUCACCAGUAUACUGGCAGAGGAUGGCUCGGUGCAGUCCGUGGUGUCCUUUGACCAGGGAGGGGAAUGGGUGCCCCUGCAGAAACCUGCCAACACCAAGUGUGACUCCACAGCCAAAGACCCUGACAAGUGCAGUCUCCACAUCCACGCAGCUUACAGCACGGCUAUGAAGCUGAACGUCCCCAUGCUGCCUCUCAGUGAACCAAACGCUGUAGGACUCAUCAUGGCUCACGGGAGUGUGGGCGAUGCCAUCUCUGUGAUGAAGCCUGACGUAUUCGUGUCAGAUGAUGGGGGUUACACCUGGCUGCAGGCCCUGGAGGGACCUCACCACUAUGCCAUCCUGGACUCUGGUGGACUGCUGGUGGCCGUGGAGCACUCUGCACAGCUCAUCAAAGACAUCAAGUUUUCCACAGACGAGGGCCAGUGCUGGCACGUUCACCAGUUCACUAGCGAUCCCAUCCACUUCGCAGGGCUAGCGUCAGAGCCGGGGGCGAGGUCUAUGAACGUCAGUGUCUGGGGCUACAGAGACUCUCUGCUCAGUCAGUACUGGGUAUCUGUCACCGUCGACUUCAGAGAGCUGCUCACUAGAACCUGUGAGGACCAGGACUACGUGCAGUGGCUGGCACACUCUGAUGACAUCAGCGACCCUAACGACGGCUGUAUGCUGGGUUAUAAGGAGAAGUUACUGCGUCUAAGGAAGGCCUCUGUCUGCUGGAAUGGACGGGACUAUGAGGUCAACAAGCAACCCACCCCCUGCUCCUGCACCCUGGAUGACUUCAUGUGUGACUUUGGGUACUUUCGUAAAGAGAACAGCUCUGAGUGUGUGGAGCAGCCGGACCUGAAGGGCCACAUUCUGGAGUUCUGUCUGCAAGGCAAGGAGGAGCUGCUGCAGACCAGAGGCUAUAGGAAGAUCCCUGGGGAUAAGUGUGAGGGAGGAACACAGCCGGAGAGGAAAGAGAUCAACCUCAGUAAGAGGUGUGUCAGUGAUCUGCUGGGAACUCAGGAACUACUGAUGGACGGCCAUGCACCCAUCGUAGUGACUGUUUUAAUCAUUGUGCUGCUCGCAAUUGUAGCUGGGGUCCUCAUCGUCAAGAAGUAUGUCUGCGGUGGCAGGUUCCUGGUACACAGCUACUCUGUCCUACAGCAGCAUGCUGAGGCCCAGGGACUAGACGAGCCCCUAGACAGCAACCACACUCAGACCAGCAACGUUGCCGACUUCCACGAUGAUUCAGACGAGGAUCUUCUGGAGUAACAGAUUGAACAUGCAGCUCCCAAGAGGACCUACUUGUCUCCUGUCUGUCCUUUACAACCCAGAGACUCCUGCAGCUACAAGAGGAAUCUAGUCUCCUGUCUGUCCUGAGGCUCACUGCUCUACAUCAAAGAACAUGUUUCUUCUAUCUGUACAACCAGAGGCUCACUGCUGCUCUCUCCUUCGCCUCCUGCUACUUCCUCCUUCCCUCCCUCCACCAUGACCCAUGACCCUUGACCUCUAACCCCUGACCUUCCGGCGCCUGGCGGAGAGUUGUUCUAGUGCAGCUCUCAUCAGUGAGGUAUCCAAUGAGGCUUUGUGAUCUGAGUGAGACAUAAUUCAGUAGGAGAGCAGAGGUCCAGCCGUGUUGUUGUGGUUGAUUUAAAAAAAAUAAUAAUAAUAAUGUAUUCUCCAAGUUCCUUUUCUGUUGGGAUGGAAUGAUGUGAUGGUUCUGGACUGCUGGUGAAUCUGGAAUCAUAGAACUGCUGUUUUAGAAUCUGUUUUAUGGUCAUCGGGAGCUUCUCUUAAUAUCUACUGUAGCUAGACUCUUCAAACUAGUGAACGUAAACAGCACCAUGACAUUACGGGUUAUACAUCCCAUUGCUUGGGACAGGGGAUCUUGGGAAAUAUUAUGUAUACGUUUCUAUUUAAGACAUGUCCUUUUCCCCCCUCCCCUGCACUUACAUAAAGAUCUUUCAUUUUUCAUUGAUGUGAUUCGGGGUUGGGACUAUGGUAAAUAGGUUGAAGUUGGCUACUGUGGCUUGGUAAAGUUAUUCUACCAAGCCACCCUAUUCUUAACUAUUUUUAACUAUUUUGCUUGAAUGAUAAGAUGCAAGUGGAAAUAUUUAGAAGCAUUUAAAGUUAGAUAGCAAUAACAUUGCUAAGCUUUCAUUGCUUAGCUUUCAUAGCAGGAAUCAACCUCCUCCUCCUAAAUUAAAGGGAUGAAUCCUAACAUGAGAAAUUUGGACUUAACUCAAACAUUCACCUCCUAAAUCAUGCAUUGAUGUCAAUGGUGUGAAAAUGUGUUUUUUUUUUAAAUAUAUAUCUGAAGUUAUGAUUUGGCUAUAUUGGAAAAAUAGAAUAAGUCUAUGUAAACAUUGUAUGCAGGUGUGAAUCCCUAAAGCAGUAGUAUACAAAUA